AUGAGGACAUCUACGACUGUAAUUUUUGUGAUGAGCAUGCUUCUCGUCACCGCACAGAAGUCACAUUCGAAAGGGGCACCGGAACUGAUCCAGCCUGUGAUGUACGACCCAGACAAUAGCGAAACACUUGCCAAGGUUUCCUCACAAUUACUGACUGCUCUCGCCACGAUCGAAAGCAUCCAGGAAGGUGGCGUACCUCCGAUCAAGAUCGCAGAGAAGCGCCGCAACAAGUUUGAAUUCAUUCGCUUCGGUCGAAAGUAA